CAGCGGCCCCGAGCCGGGCACAGCCGCGAAAGGCGCCCGGCGGGCGCGCGCGCGCGCUUCCGAGUAAGCGGGCGCGAGGCGCGCGCCAUGGAACAGAGGUUAGCCGAGUUUCGCGCGGCCAGAAAACGGGCCGGCCUGGAAGCCCACCCCAGCACUUCGAGCCAGAGCGCACGAACCUCGGGAGAGAAGGCGGAAGCAGCUGCGACUCUAAGGGUAGCCCCAAGCUGGCUAAAGCGGUUCCUGUCUUGGAAACCGAAGCCUGCAAGUGCCCGGGCCUAUGCCAGCCUCACUCAGGAAGCAGCUCAGCCUGGGAGCAGCACAGCACAGCCACCCCGGAAUCUAGCUGUUCCUCCACCAUCGUGCCAGAACCAGUCCUUCUUGACCAACAUCACCUUCUUGAAGGUUCUUCUCUGGUUGGUCCUACUGGGACUAUUUGUGGAACUGGAAUUUGGCCUGGUUUAUUUUGUCCUGUCUUUGUUCUACUGGAUGUAUGUUGGGACACGAGGCCCUGCAGAGAAGAAGGAAGGAGAGAAAAGUGCCUACUCUGUGUUCAACCCCGGCUGUGAAGCCAUCCAGGGCACCCUGACUGUAGAGCAGCUGGAGCGCGAGUUACAGUUUAGACCCCCGGCGGGGACAUAGGACCACCAUAUGUCCUGCAGCUGGCCUCAGGCACCGUCCUCCUAGCCCUUGGGUGUAGAUUUGAUUUUAGAUGCAUAGGACAAAGGGCAGCUUGUAGAUUAGCUCUGUGACCACACAGCUCCUCUACAUUCUUUUCCUGAUGUGCUGCUGCAAAUUUAUCUUAGAACUUCUCUUUUGUUUUUGGUAAAAUUCUCUAAGAGACACUCACUGUGGGUCUGAUGCAAUUAAUAUAAAUUACAUACUCAAGAAA